ACAAGAUGGCGGCUGGAUCCACUACAGGGAGGACAACUCUUUUUGUCACUUCUAGUACAGGUUCGCAUUAAUGACACGUGUACGCCCGAUUUUCUAUGAUUAAUCAAAGUAGAAUAGAGCUCAAUCAAUUUGUCAUCGGAACUAGGUACAGAAAGAUGUUAUCGGUAAUCUUUACACAGAGGUGAUAAAACUCAAUGUCGAGAAACGACUUUCGUCCAAAUACGUUAAAAUUUGCGAGAAAUAAUCCAACCUUGAGAAAUCUGAUGGUAGAGCCUCAAAAAUCGAAGCUCGAUCACUUCACAAUAUCGAUUCCAAAUGGCGGAAGCAGAGAAAAUUCAGACGGCCGCAAAGAGCUUGUUGUCCUGGGAAUUGCUUUGGAUUCGCUUCCCAAGUCAGCCCAGUUCUUUUUUUGUUGUGGAGGAGUUUUCGUGUUUUAUCUGAUUUAUGGAUAUGUUCAGGAGUGGAUCUUUAGAACGGGAAUGAAGCCAUUUGGCUGGUAUCUCACUCUUGUUCAAUUUGCUUGGUAUUCAGUAUUUGGAUUAUUUGAAACCAGCUUUCAAAGAGACAAAGCAAGAAAAAUUCCUCUGAGGACAUAUUCACUUUUAGCAUUCUUGACUGUGGCCACAAUGGGACUCUCUAACGCAUCUCUUAGCUAUUUAAACUAUCCUACACAGGUCAUUUUUAAAUGUUGUAAGUUAAUUCCAGUGAUGAUUGGAGGCAUUAUCAUACAAGGAAAAUCCUACAGACUCCUUGAUUUUCUAGCCUGCCUGUGUAUGAGUAUUGGCUUAAUACUCUUCACCCUAGCUGACAGCACAGUCCAACCAGAGUUCAACAAUACUGGGGUAGUUUUAAUCUCCCUGGCCCUGUGUGCUGAUGCUAUUAUUGGAAACGUACAAGAGAAGGCCAUGAAGGAACACAAGAGCUCAAACACAGAAGUGGUAUUGUAUUCUUACGGCAUUGGAUUUGUUUAUAUUUUCAUUGGUUUGAUAUUUUCUGGUGGGCUUGGACCAGCAUUUAAAUUUUGUGCACAGAAUCCAUUCCAAGCCUACGGGUUAUCAUUCAUCUUCUCCAUCUCUGGAUAUCUAGGAAUAACUUUUGUACUCACGCUUAUAAAAGCGUUCGGUGCUCUUCUCGCUGUAACAGUGACAACUGGCCGGAAAGCUGUGACGAUGGUGUUAUCUUUCAUAUUCUUCGCAAAACCAUUCACUAUUAACUACGUCUGGUCUGGUUUCAUCGUUCUUCUUGGCAUCUUUCUGAACGUUUACAGUAAAAAUGAAUCACGAAUCAACGCGUGGGUUUCUCAACACGGAGCGCAUUAUUUGAAGUUUUUCUCACGAAGACAAGAGAGGACUCCUUUUAUGGAAAACGUUUGAUAUCAGAUGAGAUAUCUAUUAACCACGACGUGAGGGAGUUAUGUCAGGAUAUUUGAGAUCUUUUUUUGCAGUGUAGAAAAAUAACCUGAAACUGGGGAGAUAUGUAUAUCUUAUUAACCAAGCGCGAGGGCCGUACUGGGAGAAUAUCGGCCCGAGGUCUUGACAGUACGUGCUGAG